AUGUCAGAAAUCACCUCUGCCAACGGUGCGUCGGACAACAUGGCAGUUGUAGCUCCCAAUUUGGAAUCUACUCCUUCUAUCAUCGCCGCUCAUGCACCUCAGGUGAAAGAUGAUGAUGAGAGUAUGAGCGAGGAUGAUAAACCGUUGAUGAAGAAACAACAACAACAGAAUAACAAAAGAGUCGGUGGAGGUACCAGUUCCAGUGAAGAUGAGAAACCUCUAAACAAGAGACCUAGAGUCUCGAAUGGAGCUGCUAAUAAGAAGAGAAGAGUGGUAGAUAGUGAUAGCGAUGAGAGUGAUGCUGGACCUUCAGUCAAGAAAGAAGCUGAACCAACACCAAAAACAAACGGUCCUUCCAAACCGCGUACAUCCACUACCAAGAAAUCUGCCAUCCCAUCAUCCGACUCGGAACUUUCAGAGGAUGAAAAACCACUUGCUAAACGAGCAACAGCCAAUGAAAAUCGUACUGCCAAGGCGAAACCCAAACCCAGUACCAAAGCAGCUAAGAAAGCCUCAUCAAGUGAUGAAGAUGAAUCGCUCUCCGAGGAGUCAGAGUCGUCAGAAGAUGAAAAACCUUUGGCUAAGAAGAAAGCUCCUGCGAAACCUCGACAGAGUACUUCUUCGACUAAAGCCACCCCGAAAAGUAAGGUGAAGGCUGAACCCGAGAGUGAAGAUGACGAUGACGUGCCGUUAGCUAAGGGAAAGGCAAACGGACAGGCGAAACCUGCUGCAAAGGAUAAGAAACCUGUGGUAAAGAAGGAAAAGAAGGUGAAAGAGGAAGAAGAUGAGGAAGACAAGUAUAAGUGGUGGGAACAAGAGGCGUUAGGUGAUGGAGAAGUGAAAUGGACAACAUUCGAACAUAAUGCUGUGUUAUUCCCUCCGCCAUACGUCCCUUUAUCUAAGAACGUCAAGAUGAAGUAUGAUGGUGUCCCACUCACCCUGCCGCCUGAAUCGGAAGAAGUGGCUGGAUUCUUCGGUGCGAUGAUAGAGACGGAUCACGCCCAAGAUGCUAAAUUCCGAGAAAACUUCUUCAAAGAUUUCAAGGCGAUGUUAGAGAAAUACCCUCCCAAGGAGAACGUCAAGGUGAAAUCGUUGGAUAAAUGCGAUUUCAAACCGAUGUUCGAACAUUUCGAGAGGGAGAAGGAGAAGAAGAAAGCUAUGACUAAAGAGGAGAAGAAAGCGAUCAAGGAAGCUAAAGAUAAGAUGGAAGCACCGUAUUUGUUCUGUAUGGUAGAUGGACGUAAAGAGAAAGUAGGAAAUUUCCGAGCGGAACCUCCUGGUUUGUUCAGAGGUCGAGGUGAACAUCCUAAGAAGGGUACACUUAAGCACCGAUUACGUCCGGAAGACAUUAUCAUUAACAUUGGGAAAGACGCUCCCAUACCUGCACCUAACAUACCUGGUAAAUGGAAAGGUGUCCAACAUGACAACACCGUUACGUGGCUGGCACAUUGGAAAGAGAAUGUCAACGGCAAUGCGAAAUAUGUGUUCUUAUCUGCUGGAUCAUCCUGGAAGGGUCAGAGUGAUAGAGCUAAAUUUGAGAAGGCUAGGGAAUUAAUUAAACACGUCGAUAAGAUCCGAAAAGAUUAUACGGAAGAUCUGAAAUCGAAAGUGAUGGCUGACCGACAACGAGCGACGGCAUUAUACUUUAUCGAUCGAUUGGCCCUCAGAGCAGGAAACGAAAAGGGUGAAGAUGAGGCUGAUACUGUCGGUUGUUGUUCACUUCGAUACGAGCAUGUCACGCUCUCUCCACCGAAUACAGUCGUAUUUGAUUUCCUAGGUAAAGAUUCGAUGAGAUUCUUCCAGGAAGUACAGGUGGAUGCUCAGGUGUUCAAGAAUAUAAAGUUGUUUAAGGCGGAGCCGAAGAAGAAGGGAGAUGACUUGUUUGAUAGAUUGACUACAACUCUCCUGAAUAAACAUUUGAACAGUAUGAUGCCUGGUCUGACGGCCAAGGUAUUCCGUACAUACAACGCGUCGUGGACUUUCCAAAAGCAACUGAAACAUACACCCAAGAACGGUACCAUCGCUGAAAAGAUCGCAGCGUACAAUACCGCCAACAGGGAUGUCGCCAUACUGUGUAACCAUCAGAAAUCAGUCAGUAAAACUUGGGAUGUUUCGAAAACUAAACAUGAGGAUAAGAUACGGGCCCUCAAAUACCAAAGGAUGAAACUUCGAUUGCAACUCUUCUCGCUCGAUCCCAAAAUCAAGAAGAAGCGACCUGACUUAGCGGAAGACGAGUCGGACAUGGACGAGGAAUUCUGUGAGAGACACGAGAAGGAGUUACUUGAAAAAGCCCUUGAUACCGCCCAGAAGAAGUUCGAUAAGGAUAAUGUGAAAUUAGAGGAGGAAGGUGAGAAGAAAAAGGAUAAGAAGGAUUUGGAAGAGAGGCUGAAAGAGAUCAAAGAGGAGUUCAAGGAGUUGAAAAAGGAGAGGAAGAGUAGGAAGGUUGAACCUAGACGAGCUGCUACGGAAGAAAAGUUGUUGGAACAGAUACAGAAGAUGGACGAGAGGAUCGCAACUGCCAAAGUACAAUUGGAAGAUCGAGAUAAAUUGAAGGAUGUCGCUUUGGGUACAUCCAAGAUCAACUAUAUCGAUCCACGAAUUACUGUAGCAUGGGCAAAGAAAUAUGAUGUACCGUUAGAGAAAUUGUUCUCCAAGACUUUACGGGAGAAAUUCCCUUGGGCUGAAGCCGAGGCUGAUAAAGGGUGGAUAUUCUAG